AUGAGCGGUAUCGUUCCAACCGGCCUAAUCCAUGCUCUGGUCGCGGAGAAGCACGCCGAUGGAAUCAUCAACUAUCUUCUGACGCUCGAGGAAAUGUGUAGGCGCGUCGACGCAGUCGCUGUGCACUACAAUCAUGGUACUCCUGCCCAGCCCGGGCUCUACCGUGGCUUCGUCGAGUCUUGUUACGGCGGCGAAGAGAAUCAAGUCGCACCAAAUAUUCCUGGCAUUCCAAACGCCAUCACCUUCCAAGCUAUCCGGGACCCGUCCCCAUUCGCACAUACACAUCUCUCCGACAACGGUCGCCAGUAUUAUAUCAUUGACGUCGCGGCAGAUGACAUCUCUCUCAUCGUGCCGCUGGGUCGCUACGUGCCGUACCAGCGACAUGCGCCUGGACGAUCUGCCAUCGUCCUCGGUAGCAUCGAACCGGUCCCUUACUGGAUAGUAGGUCAACAUGGCUUAGGCGUCCCCAUCAGCGGCGGCGAAGUGUAUGCCCUACAACACGGGGAGAGGCAGUUCACCAAUGGCCCUGGUGGGAGAUGGCCUGGGUAUGCCUCUUGGCAAGCUCAAAUUCGGAUGCGGCAUGACGGUCGUCAACCCGGGGACUCCUUCACCUUCAGACGUUUGGUGAACCAAGUUAGGGGCAAGGUUCGCAAGUUUAUCACGGAACACGCCCGUAUUCAGAGCACCAAUCUGCACUGGGCUGUGGGUAUCACACCUGGUCGCAUCACGGCUGACGAUCUCACUCUUCUCGCCAUCGUCUCCGUAUCGCAGGGCGCGGUGAUGCCCAUUCUCAAGCUCCGCGAUGACUUCGUGUUCAGCACGAUGUCCACCCAGUCAGUUGGCGUUUCGUCGCCAUCUAUGAGCUACAACGCGCUGGGCUCGCUCGGUAGCCCCGUUUCCAGCUCUUCGCUCUCCAUUGACUUCUUCGACUAUGACAGUACCUACAACCUCGAGGAUGUCGAUCAUCAGCUCAAUGGCCAGAGCGCCUAUUCCGGCUAUUAUUAG